AUGUGGCAAUGUGUCCAACAGCUGCAGCGGCGGCUCCUGCUCUCCUGCGUCCUUAUCAGUUGGCUUGGCUGUGUCAGUGCCUCCACCAAAGACUUGUACACGGGUGCCCGGCUGGGACAUCGAAUAGUCCAGACACGUUACGGACGCUUACAUGGUCUCAUUUUGCCAUUGGACAACUUUCGUUUUCUUCGCUCUGUGGAAGUGUUUCUGGGCGUGCCAUAUGCCACGCCUCCAACCAAACAGAAUCGCUUUAGUCCAACACGUGCUCCAGCACCCUGGGAUGGCAUUAGAAUCUCGGAUACUUACAGUCCCGUCUGCCCGCAGCAUUUACCCAAUAUUCAAAAUGAAACCGCCGCCUUGGAGAAAAUGCCGAAAGGGCGUUUGGAAUACUUGAAAAGACUACUUCCAUUUCUUGAGAAUCAAUCUGAAGAUUGUUUAUAUUUAAACAUAUUUUCGCCUGUGAAUGCUGGCGCAAACGAGAAGAAGCUGCCCGUCAUUGUCUUCAUACACGGCGAGUCAUUUGAGUGGAGUAGUGGAAAUCCUUACGAUGGCUCUGUGUUGGCCAGUUAUGGUGAAGUGGUUGUCGUUACUCUUAAUUACCGUCUGGGAAUAUUGGGCUUUCUCAAUGCGAAUCCCAGUCCGCAUACACACGCACGUGUCGCUAAUUAUGGUCUGAUGGAUCAGAUGGCGGCCCUUCAUUGGAUACAGCAAAACAUACAAAAGUUUGGCGGUGAUCCAAAUGCUGUGACACUGGCUGGACACGGCACUGGCGCUGCCUGCAUCAAUUAUCUGAUGACCUCGCCCACAAUGGUGCGUGGCCUCUUUCAUCGGGCCAUACUCAUGUCCGGAUCGGCGUAUUCCUCAUGGGCUCUGGUCGAUGAUCCGGUGCUCUUUGCCAUUAAGCUGGCUAAGGAGGUGAAUUGCUCCAUACCCGAGGAUUUGAAUAGACAUCACGAACAAAUUGUCGACUGUCUCAGGGAUGUGCCACUGGAAGAUCUCUAUGGAGCUGAUAUUCAAGCGCCCAACUUUCUGACAUCAUUUGGGCCAUCGGUUGAUGGCGUUGUCAUACGACCCGGACAUUCCAAUCUUGAUAUCGAUGAUUUAAUGAUGCGCAACUCGAAGCGUUUAACACCGGAUGCUGGUUCCCAGUCGGCUGGUGGCAAUGGUGGUGGAUCUGGCCCUGGCUCGGCAUUUAGCGGUGGCUCUGGCUACUUUGGUGGUGCAAGUGCCACGGCAAACAUUGGUGGACAUUAUGAUGUACUCUUCGGUGUUGUCACUGGCGAAUCGAUUUGGCGCUUCAGCGCCCACGACAUACAGAAUGGCUUCGAGGGUGAGAGACGCGAUAAAAUCAUACGCACUUAUGUGCGCAACGCUUACAAUUACCACCUCAAUGAAAUAUUCUAUACGAUCGUGAACGAGUAUACGGAUUGGGACCGCACCUCACAGCAUCCAAUAAACACGCGUGACACUGCGGUGGCGGCUCUAUCGGAUGCUCAGUUUGUGGCGCCUCUAGUGCGCACUGGGGAUCUAUUGGCAGCUCAAUCUCCGCCACCUGUGAGUUCAUCAACUCCCAGUGGCGCUGGCAAUGCAGCGGCAUCAACAUUGGCUGCAUCCACACAGCCAUCGGGUCGCUGUUAUUUCUAUGUAUUUGACUAUCAGACCAAAGAUGGCGACUAUCCGCAACGUAUGGGUACGGUGCAUGGUGAAGAUUUGCCGUACAUAUUCGGGGCACCGCUUGUAGAUGGCUUCAGUCACUUUCCGCAAAACUAUACCAAGUCGGAGACGGCGCUGUCGGAGGCCGUGAUGAUAUUCUGGACGAAUUUCGCGAGAACCGGCAAUCCCAACGAACAUCAUCGCCAGGACUCAGUGCUGCCGGUUUCAAAGGAGCGCAAUCGUUUCCGCAGCAUCACCUGGGAAAAUUAUGAUCCGUUGCAUCAAAAAUAUUUGGAAAUAGGCAUGAAGCCGCGCAUUAAGAAUCACUUUCGGGCUCACCAACUCUCAAUUUGGCUGCGUCUAAUACCGGAGCUACAUCGCGCCGGAAUGGAGGAUGUGAUAGCCCGGCACAAUCUAUUUCGCAAUCAUGACGAUAUGGAAUUGUACGAGGGACCCGUUAAGCCAGAUCCAUUUGGCAUCUCAGCGGCUGGCGGCUCAGCAAUAUCGUCGUCAUCCUCCUCCCCGUCGUCGCGUCUCCUGUUUAUCGAUGAGCAAAUGAUGGUGAAGAAAGGACGCGUGCUGAAUGCCUCAGCCUAUUUAAAUGGCAUAUUGGGUGUUAGCACCGUGGAGCCGAACAACAUGUAUACGACGUGUAUACCAAUUGGCAGCAACUACACGGGCACAGGCGGCGGUGUUUUCGCACCAACAACACUGGCGAAUGCCUCGACGGAUACACUGGCAUCCGGAUUCGAGGCGGCCGGAUAUGCGGCCUAUUCGACGGCGCUGAGCGUGACGAUUGCCAUCGGUUGCAGUUUGCUCAUAUUGAAUGUGCUGAUAUUUGCGGGCGUCUACUAUCAGCGGGACAAGACACGGCUGGAGGUGAAGACACUGCAGAAGCAGUAUCAACAGCGCAGCAUGCAUCAGCAGGUGCCGUAUCCGCCGGAGCCCAUUAAGCAUGCCCAUUAUCACAUGGGCCACUCGCAGAGCGCCAAUGUGAUUGUCGAUGUGGAAAGCCAUGGCCAGGAUUCGGCCGGACAGGCGGCCAUGUUGCUGCAGGCAGCCGCCGCUGCCGCCGCCGCAGCCAAUGAGGCAGCAAAGCCACCGCCACCGCACAUAUGCGCCAACACGGGCAUGCAAUUGGUCAGCCAACAACAACAGCAACAACAACAGCAGACAAAUCAGCAGGUGGGCGGCAGUGGAAGUGCUGCCAUGGAAGCCGCCAAGGUCGCUGAUAACUUGGCAAAACAGCAACAACAACGUGAACAUAUGCAAAUCAAGAGCAUGGGCAUUGCAGGCGGUACACAGAGCUUUGGUCGUGCCAGCGGUAACGGCAACAACGGCACUGCCUCUGUUCUUGUCGCCGGCAACAGCGUUAGCUACAAUCCCGGCCUAAUGACUCUGCCCAAAGCUAGCCAAUUGCAUCAUGCUGCAACUCUGAAUUAUGCGCGCAACACGGCCGCUUUGAAUCUGGCGGGCGGUGGUACCGCUCUCGUCGACGGUCAUGGCAAUGUGCUGUUAACCAGCACAGCUGCCACAGCUGCCACAGCUGGCAACGCUGACUGCAUGACACUGCCACGUAACCUCAAUCUGGCGGCAGCAGCGCGACACAAUCCCAAUACAGAGUUACAACAAUAUCAACAUCAACAACAGCAACUGCAACUGCAACAGCAGCAACAACAUCAGCAGGUUGGCAAGCAUCAAGCAAAUGGAACUGUGCUAACGGGCAUGCAGACUCAUCAUAUACGUGGUCCACGUCCACCGUUGCGUACCGCUUCCUCGUCGACAACAACCACCAGCAGCAGCAGCAACAGCAAUAGCAACAGCAGCACCAACAACAACUCAAAGGGGCUGCUCGAUCAGACGCCAUCGGGCGGCAGCAGCAGCAGCGGGGUCAGCAGUGCGCCCAGCUCCACCAAGGGUCACAUACAUGCUCACUCCCAUGGUCAUAUGAUUCACGCCCAUGGCGAAGCUGCUGUGUCACAGCAGCAACAUCAACAGCAACAGCAACAUCAGCAGCAUCAGCAUCCACAGCAGCAGCAGCAAGUGCCACAAGCAGCCAUCGACGAGAUGCGCGAGUUCUAUGCGCCGAAAGAGGCAACCAAACUGGACGACCACGAUGACAGCCAGCUCAAUGCGGAACACGAAACGACAACAACAACAGCAACGACAAUGACAGGAAUAGAAUCCACAAGAGGAGAAGCAAUUGCUGGAUCAGUGGAUAGCACUGAGCACAAGUUGCAACUGAAAAAGCUGAAAUUCAGGCGGGAGUUGCACGCACUGGCACUGGAGGGUGGUGAUGUGGCACGCGGUUACUGCUCCUGCGAUGAACAGUGGACGGCGGACUCGUCCUCGCCCACAUCCCAGUCCACAUCCACAACCACAUCGACGGCGACAAUGUCACCCACGUUGACGACCGGCAGUGCCAACGUGAAAUCCGGAAACGGCAACGGCAACGGAAUUGUGAGAAUGGCGGCAUUGAAACAGAGAAACGCUGCCGGGGGACGGAUUAAGCAACAGCAUCAUGUGCGCUUCUCCGACGAGAAGAACUUCUCGGAUUAAUCCGCAACUAAUCCGAAAGUAUUCGACAAC